AUGCCUUCCAUCAAGCUCUUGACUAACGCCGCCCUCUUGUUGGCUGCUUCCCUCUUGGCCAGUGCCGCUCCGGCUCCGGCUCCUGUCGCUGAGGCCGAGCCUUGGUGGUUUGGUAGCGACGAUACCACCACUACCACCACUACCACCACCACUACCACUACCACCACCACUGCCCCCACCGGCACGGUGACCUCCUACGCUGCGUGGUCUACCUGCACCGGUGCCCCCGCCUACUCCACCUUCGUCUCCAACCGCAAGACUACCUCUACUCAAACUGGUUACUCUACCUAUGCCACCUCUGUCGCCUUCACCGACAACACUUGGGUUCAGAUCACAGACAUCGGUACCAAGGGUAACAUGUACACUUUUUACGUCGACGGUGUCUACCAGGGUUACACCUCUUUGGACUACCAGACCGACUUGACCUCCAACUGUGGUACUGACCCCGCUACCUGUGUUUCCCUUGGCUGGUCCAACGGAAUCUUCGGUCCCUUCUCCGCUGGUACCCACACCAUCACCUUUGAGGACUCCAACAUCAAUGGUAACUUUGCUGGUGGAUUGAACCCCUCUGGAUGGACUGCUGCGUUCGCUUUCGGUACUACCGUUAAGCCUACCACUACCACCCUCAAGACCACCACUACAUCCUCUACCACCACUACUGCUCCUACCACCACUACUUCGUCGACCACCACUACCGUCGCUCCUACCACCACUACUUCGUCGACCACCACUACAUCCUCAACCACCACUACAUCCUCUACCACCACAUCCUCAACCACCACUACAUCCUCAACCACCACCACUUCCUCCGCGACUACCCCUGUCGCUAACAUCGGCGGUGGUAUUGUGAACACUGGUGUCGUCUACCUUACAUCUACCUCCUCCUCCACCACUGUCGCCCCUGUUGCGCAGACCACCACCACCUCCUCCUCCGUCGCUGCCGCUGCCACCUCCACCGCCUCCACUAGCUUCAACACCCCCAUUGGAUACCAGGUUGUCUUCUCUGCCAAGACUGGUGCUGUUCAGGGUUCCGGCUACAUGACCUACGAGCCUCUCGUCUCUGCCAACUCUGACCUCUGCGCAGCCUUCUGUACUUCCGUCUCCGGAUGUCAGUUCUUCAACAUGUACACCCAGCAGAUGAGCGAUGGUACUUCCCAGUACAUUUGUUCCUUGUACAGCCAGGUCAACUACGGCAAUACUGCUACCAACUACGGAUCUGGUGACGUUACUGCCAUUGUCGACUCUUACGGUUACGCCUUGAACAGUGUCACUCUCACUACCUCCACCUCUUCCUCCGUCGCUGCUGUCGCUACCCCCGCUGGUCCUACUCACUUGUCCGCGUACGGAACUUGGUCUUCCAAGGGUUGUUACACUGAGGCUACCAACGCCCGUGCUUUGUUGAACUUCAUGUCUCUUAGCACUGCCCAGCAGACCAUCCAAGGAUGUUUGGACGCUGCUGCCGCUGCUGGAUGGACUAUGGCCGGUAUGGAGUACGGUGGUGAGUGCUGGGCCGGAAACGCUUUGUCUCUCGGUUCCGUCUCUACCUCACUCUCUGACUGUUCCAUGACGUGUAACGGUGACUCCUCCACCUACUGUGGUGCCGGUAAUCGUCUCUCCCUCUACACCAAGGGUACCACCGCCAACUUGGCUGCUAUCGUCUCUGACACCGUUGCUUCUGCUACCUCCGCUGUCGCUUCCACCGUCGCUGCCGUCACCGCCGCCGCUAUCCCCUCCCCCGUUUCUGGAUGGCAGGAGACUUUCUACGGAAUGAGCGCCUCUGUCUCUUCCAUCAACAACAACUACAUGGGUAUUUACUACCCCUCGUCUGGGUACUCCACAUCUGAUUGUGCGGCUCACUGUUCCUCCACCUCUGGAUGCAACUUCUUCAACAUCUACAUCAACAGUGGUGUUGCGGUCUGUGCGCUCUACUCUUCUAUCGUUCCUUACACCAACCUUGCCAAUGGCGGCUCUGGCUUGAUUUCUCAGUCUGCUGGGUACCUCGCCAACGUUGCUUGCACGUAAGCAAUGUCGCUGAAAAGGAGUGAUGACGGAUUGUAUAUAAUAUGAUAGAGGGGGAUACCGGAGUUUUUAAACUGUGUUCGGGCAUUAGUUUACCGUUGAUACCCGACCGUUUUGGUUAGCAUUCUAUUUAUAAAUAGGCUAGCGGCUGGUCUGCGACCUUGUCGC